AUGUCGAUUUACGCGUUGGUGGGUCUUCUCCUGCUUGUGAUCCACGGUCACCUUGGCGGGUACUUUUCGAUUAGAGUAACUUCCCAUGGAGGCACAAAAAUAAGGAGACCAAUCAGGUGGAAACCCUCCUGCAGGAUGCACACCCAGCAGUACAUAACAAAUCAUAUGAAGAAAGCGCAGAUACGAAACAAAAGCGGGAAGAGUGUGGGAUACCCCCUGAGGAGAACAAAAGUACAAAUGAUUUUAGCGCCCAAAGGAUCCAUGCACGAAAAGAAGACAAAAGAAAUUUUGGAAGACCCAGUGAAAAACUACCCAUGGGAAAUAAGUAUCCCUUUUCAUGAAACCAUUACAAAAGAACUUAGUCCAUAUUAUAAUUUUCUAAAAUCUGAAUGGGCAUAUAUAGACCACAAGAAAGACGUAAGGAGACCAUGUGGGAAGAUCGAAGGAGGGAUAGAAAAUUAUGAUGGCAAAGGAUUAAAAUUAGAGAAAGGAGUAGACAGACCAAGGUAUAAUAAAAUGGCAUAUUAUGAUGACCAUGGAGUAGAAUGGAGAAAUAUAAAUCAAGAUGAACUAAUCAGAUUUGAUUUCCUUCCUGAUGGUAACCAGGAUCAAACAUUCCUUGAAACAGAAGAAGAUUUAGAACAUCGACAAUGGGGAAAUUGGAACUACAACGCUUCUAAAGAAACGACACAGUUGAACUCUGCAUGGAGAGAUCCUGUACUAUCCAAAAGUUUAACAAAUUUAAUUUACCCUUGGAAUCAUAAGGCACAUGAAAAUCAUGCUAUUCCAUAUGGAUAUACUUCUCCCGCUUUGUUUAUACCUGAACCCAAGAUCGAAUGGGAGCUCGCGGCCAGAGGAUUUUUCGCAGGAUAUUAUGAAGAUACUAAUUGGUCACGCAUAAAAUAUUAUAAGCAAACGAAAAAACUAAUUCUGCAGUGGCAUGAUGAGAGUAAGAAAGAAGAUGGUGAAAGUGAUAGUCGUAUAGUGGAUAGAAUAAAAAUGGAACUUUUUGGAUUAUCUGCUAAAAGAAGAUACCCCUCUAAACAGAUAAAACUGAUUAAUGAUCACGCAUUGUUAAGAGCCAAAGAAAUUGUUCUUGAUCAUUUAUUGAACCCAAGUGGAGAUCCAGAUUAUAUUACUUACUUCCUCGAUAGACAUGAACCAUUAGAUUACAUCGGAGGGGGGAAUCACAACUGCUCCGACGAAGAAAUAAAAAACAAAACGGUCGUACUUAAUAUGUGUGUUUACCCUGUUAAACAAAGACAUGAAACGUACUCCAAAAAUAUGUCCAUUUCGGAGAUGGCUGAAAUGUACCAUUACUACAUGACGGAAAUAAGGGGAGAAGGUAGAUCACAUCAGUCAAGUGAAGAUCCAGUGGAAGAUAGGUACCAAUGUUACGAACUGCAAAAACAGAGGAAGCAAUUCCCUGCUUUGGUAUCCUUAUAUAAACCUCUUUGGACGAAUAAAAAAUUCGGAGAGGAAUUUGGGGAUGCUCUCCAGCAGGGGCAGAAGAUACGCAUUGACCAGCUGCACACCUUCAACAGAAAACUCAAACUUAAAAGGAAAAACAAACUGACACCGGAACAGAUGGAUUCCUACAACUACGUCGAUGACUAUAGCCAUGUGGACGACGAAUACGAAUUUUAA